CAAUACAAUAAACAAUAUGGGUUAUUACUGGCUUGCAGUCAUUUUUGCUCUUGUGAUUUUUUCUCCAAGUUCAUUUGCCCUUGAGGAUCCAUGUAUGACCCAUAAUAUUAAAGCCGCGGCGGCCUAUAAUAACUACAAAGAUGCACUUAGCAAAGCUAUAUUGUUUUUUGAAGGGCAGCGUGGAGGGGUAUUGCCUUCUUCCCAGCGAGUCAAGUGGCGAGCCAACUCCUCCCUCUCCGACGGAAAGCCUGAUAAUGUGGAUUUGAGUGGAGGCUACUACGACGCCGGGGACAAUGUGAAGUUUACAUGGCCGAUGUCAUUUACGGUGACUUUGUUGAGUUGGGCGGCGAUCGAGUACCAAAACGGUAUUACUUCCGCCGGAGAGAUUAACCACCUCCGGGAAGCAAUUCGAUGGGGGACCAAUUUCCUAGUCAAAGCACACUCUUCAUCCAAGGGGACAAUCACCCUUUAUGCUCAGGUCGCUGAUGGUAACGCUGAUCAUGCAUGUUGGGAGCGUCCGGAGGAUAUGGACACUCCACGGACACUGUACAAGAUUAGUUCCUCUUCGCCGGGAUCGGAGUUGGCCGGCGAGGCGGCCGCCGCCCUUGCCGCCGCAUCCAUUGUUUUCAAGACGGUUGAUGCCAAGUACUCGCGUACGCUAUUACGCCACUCUAGAUCACUAUUCAAGUUUGCUGACCAGAAACAGGCAUCUUUCUCUACGUCUUGCCCUUACUAUUGCUCUUUCAACGGUUUUCAGGAUGAAUUACUAUGGGCAGCUGCAUGGCUAUAUAAGGCGAGUGGAGAUCAGAAUUACCUGAAAUAUGUGACCAAUAAUCAGGGAUGGAGCAAAUCUGUUUCAGAGUUUAGUUGGGACAACAAGUUUGCUGGAGCUCAGACGUUAUUAGCCAAUGAGUACUUUGCUGGAAAUAAAAACUUGGAAAAGUAUAAAAACGACGCCGAGUCAUUCAUUUGUGCUUUGAUGCCUGGAAGUGGUUCUGUGCAAUUUAAAACAACUCCGGAACAAAUUACAAGGAAUUGAAAACGUCAAAUUGAUGAAGUUUGCCUAGAAUCAGUGAAGCGUGUAAAGCCAGUUUCAACAUCGUGGAUAGUGUAAGUGACCAAGUCCUAUUUUUGAAUAAUAAGACCAGAUGUAGAGCUACAAAAUUACAGGAGUGAAGAAGCUUUGGUUUUCUCCCUCAGCUUCCUAAUUUCCGAGAGCUUCGGGAACUUAAAUUGAAAAACUAGCUAGGUGUCUCUGGUCAGGUUCAUCUGCCAAGUGAAGAAAAAACAGGUUGUUCAUAUUCAAGGCAGGGGAGAUUCACGGCCAAAAACAUCCUUUCAAAUGGUUGGACAAGAUCGGGAGAAAGAGAAGGUGGUCUUCUUUUCAUAAGAGAUAGCAGCAAUUUGCAGUAUGCAACAAGUGCGACGAUGGUACUAUCCAUGUACUCGGGGAUCCUUGAUCGAUCCGGCGGAGGAGGAGUUAAAUGUGCUUCUGCCACUUUCACUUCCUCACAAAUCAAAGCAUUCGCAAAGUCACAGGUAGACUACAUACUGGGAAACAACCCAAAGAAGAUGUCGUACAUGGUUGGUUUCGGGGAUUCCUACCCAAAGAAUCUUCACCACAGAGGUUCAUCAAUCCCCUCCAUCGUGUCGGUUCACCCAGAGAAGAUCGGGUGCCAGGACGGAUAUUACUGGUUGAACUCCGCACAGCCGAACCCGAACGUCCACACCGGAGCAAUCGUCGGCGGACCCGACUCUUCCGACAACUUCUUAGACUCCCGGUCGGAAUAUGCGCACGCCGAACCCACCACAUACAUGAAUGCUGCCUUUGUUGGAUCCGUUGCUGCUUUGCAAUCAACCUAGCUAGCUAGUAUUAAAGAAAAUAUUGAUAUUGAAUUGAUUUCUGAUAUAUUUCAACUUAUCAUACCCGUAGUGUAGUUAACUAGGACGAUGAAUACGUAGUAUAUACUUGGAUGGUGUUUAUUUAUUAUAUGUUGUGAUGGGUUGGGUUGUAAUAAACGAUACCAUUAAUUAAUAAUAUUGAAGCAUGCAUAAUUGCAUAUAUAGUGAAUAAAGGUAGAUUUCUGUCUGGUCUGAAU